ACUGAUUCCCUUAUAUCCCCCAACGACAAAGUUUGACAGAACAAUCCGAGGGGCAUAUGCUAAGUGGAAGAACCAUGUUUCGAUGCAAAUUCAGCAAGUUAAGCAGACAAUCUGCCCACAUUUACAUCUAGAAUGGUGUGUCAGAAAUCCAAGAAAGCCAAAGGUCAGAGAUGAGCUGAUGGCAAUGGAUCCGAAGGAGGCUGAUCUCACAGAAUGUGGGCUACCUGAGGAUUCAGUGUACAGACUAUGGUUUAUGCCAGACUCAAGUGAGAAGGAGGAUAGUGUUACUCCACCUGCCACAACAUUACCAAGUGUUACUGGAGGAGACAGAGAUGGCGGUAUGUCUCAAGAAGAAAGAAAGUCAGAGUCACCUGCACCAUCCCAGACCAGGUACUCUACCUCACAAGACAGUGAGGAGAUAGGGACAGAUGCUGUCAAAGACACGUACCUGAGGAGAUUCUCCAUCACUCCAGAAGGUGGACAAGUUCAUCUGAAGGAAGUUGGAGUAUUCUUGUUAGUGCCUCCAGGAGCUCUGGCUGAAACUACAGAAAUGUUCAUUGGUAUAAGUUGGAGAGAAGAAGACAUGCCACCGCUGCCACCAUGUCAGACUAGAGCAAGUCCAGUUGUUGUCUGUGGACCACAUGGCCUCAGGUUCAGAACACCAGUGUACCUGUCAUUUUAUCACUGCAUAUCAGGCACACGUCAAAGAAAGAUGGGAAAGAUCUGUCCUGAAAAUGUAACUCAGAAUUCAAGAAUGGACAAUCCAUUUUACAUAUGGCAGUCAGAAACUCACUUAAAUGCCCCUUGUCGGUGGAAAGUAUUGAGCAGUGAUUCUGCUGUGUUGACAAACACCAAAUGUGUCUUAAUUGUGAACCAGUUCUGCAAACACAGUUUGUCAUGUGACAGUAAGCGCCUUUCUGCCUUGGUGUUUGGGUCAUUUCAGCCUCAACAUGUCCCCUUGCUGAAACUGAUGGUGUGCUGUGUCAAUGAUACCCGAGAUGAGGUAGAGAGUCUGAAGUACAUCAGAUUGAAACAGAACCAAUUAAGGCGUCUCCCAGAGUCUCUCGGAAAUGUGAAGUCCCUUGAGGUUAUUUGUGUGUCAGAAAAUCGCCUGCAGGAUAUUCCUGCGGAAAAGCUGGCAAAACUACCGAAAUUGAGAUUAUGUUGCCUGCAUUCAAACCGGCUGGGCCAGAAAGUUGUUCGAACAUUGAAGGAGGCCAAGUUUGAGGUUCGAUUUGGCGAUAAUCGAUCGGUUGAUCCCAAGAUCUUUUCCAAAAUAGAAUGGGGUAAAGUAGAAGCUGGUUGUCAUAUGACAGAUGUCUUAACCAGAGAAACGCCAGUUUUUGACGUUUUUAUGCUUUACUCUGGAUCUGAGGAAGAUGAAAAGGUGAUAACUGACGAGUUUUUGCCAAAACUAGAGAAAAAGGCUGAGCUUAAGGUGUGUUUCGCCUCUAGAGACUACAUCCCAGGGCAUUUUGAGCUAAAAGAAGCUCUAACCAAUAUGAGAAAGUCUCGGAAAAUCAUUGCUCUUCUCACUGAGCAUUUUGAUGAGCAGGUCAAGGCAGUGGAAAUCAACCAUGCGGUAGAUGCAGAUUUGGCCAGGCAGUCAUGUUCUGUCAUACCUGUUGUGUGGG